AUGUCUUCGAGCACGUCUUUAAAGAGUGACACUCUAAAGUUGGCCGUCUGCGCUAUCGGAACAUUUUUGUCAUAUUUCGUGUAUGGUCUUCUUCAAGAAUCUAUAACCAAAGGUAAAUAUGGAGAUGGAGAGAAAGCAGAAAAGUUUACAUAUACCACAACACUUGUUUUCCUGCAGUGUAUUGUUAAUGCCUUAGCUGCAAAACUAGUAAUGAUGUUCUGGAAGAAGGAGAAGGACCUAACACCCGCCAAACUGUAUGGACUAUGUUCUCUUUCCUACCUUGGCGCUAUGUUAGCUAGUAAUCAGGCUCUUCAGUUUGUCAACUAUCCAACACAGGUUCUAGGAAAGUCUGCCAAGCCUAUACCUGUGAUGAUACUGGGUAUACUUUUUGCCAGGAAACGUUACCCUGCAGCCAAGUUCCUGUUUGUACUCAUGAUAGUUAUAGGUGUAGCCAUGUUCCUAUACAAAGACAAAGCACCAAGUUCUAAAGAAAACAAGACAAUGUUUGGCUUCGGCGAACUGCUUUUGCUAGUGUCUCUGACUCUGGAUGGUCUGACUGGUGUUACACAAGAGAGGAUGAGAUCUGAUCACAAGACAGGGGCUUAUAGCAUGAUGCUCAAUGUUAAUCUCUGGUCAUUAGUAUGGUCCACUAUAGGUUUACUUGGUACUGGAGAAUUUCUAAAGUUUUUAGUAUUUGCUCAAAAUCAUCCAUCAGUAUUGUUAAAUAUGCUGUACUUUGGAAUUGCAAGUGCAGUAGGACAGAUGUUUAUUUUCACCACAGUGACAAGUUUUGGUCCACUUACAUGUUCCAUCAUCACCACCACCAGAAAGUUUUUCACAAUCUUCGCCUCAGUUCUUAUAUUCCAAAACCCAAUGAAUUCACGACAGUGGAUAGGUACAGUGUUUGUUUUUACAGGUUUAGGAUUGGACAGUGCAUAUGGCAAGGAAAAGAAAAAGCGGUAGUGAAAAAGCAAAGUUUUGUAUACUGUUUUAAUUCUGUGAGAAGAGAAUGUGAAAAGAGUUUGAAUAUCAAGUCAUCAGCUGAAGAUAUUAUUUUUAAAGGGGAUUAGUUAUUGUGCCAGGUUGGAUCUUAUA